UGUCGCAAAGCCAACGACAGUAACUGUCGGAAAUACAGAUUUCGCCUGUGAGGUUUCGUUUUCGUCCAAGUGGCAACUUAAUGUGCUAAAGUCAGCGUUUAAGUGUUAUUUUAUUGUGUCACGUCCCAGGAACUCUGCACGCCACUUAAUCAUGUCAACAGCAGGUCAGGUCAUAAAGUGUAAGGCAGCUGUUGCUUGGGAACCUGGGAAGCCUUUGGUCAUUGAAGAUGUGGAGGUGUCUCCACCUCAACCCCACGAAGUCCGCAUCAAGGUUGUUGCCACAGGUGUGUGCCACACCGACUGGGAGUACUUGUACAAGACCGGUAAAGGGAUGAAAUUCCGACCGUUCCCGCUAGUUUUGGGACACGAAGGAGCGGGAGAGGUGGAAAGUGUCGGUCCGGGAGUGAGCAAAUUCUCAGCAGGUGAUAAAGUCAUUCCUCUAUUCUUGCCGCAGUGUGACGAAUGCGAGCGUUGCCGCAGCCCGAAAACCAAUCACUGCAGGAAGAACUGGGCCAACACACAAGCGGGUGUCCUGGCCGAUGGCUCCAGCAGGAUCUCCUGCAGAGGACAACAGGUGUUCCAAUUCCUGGGCGUGAGCUCCUUCUCACAGUACACCGUGGUUCCGGACACUUCCGUAGCAAAGAUAAGAAGCGACGCGCCGCUGGACAAAGUGUGUCUACUUGGCUGCGGAGUCUCCACCGGUUACGGCGCUGCCCUAAACGCGGGGGAGGUGGAGAAGGACUCCACCUGUGCCGUCUUCGGGUUAGGAGCGGUCGGUCUUGCCGCGGUGAUGGGCAGCCAGGUGGCCGGGGCGAGGAGGAUCAUCGGCAUCGACAUCAACCCCGACAAGUUCGAGAAGGCCAAAAGGUUGGGGGCCACCGAUUGCGUCAACCCCCGGGAGCACAGCCGAGACAUCCAGGAGGUGCUGGUGGAGAUGACAGGCGGCGGCGUGGACUUCGCUCUGGAGUGUGUGGGCAAUCCUGACGUCAUGACCGCCGCCCUGGAGUCCACCACCGACGCUUGGGGCGUCUGCGUGGUCGCCGGCUGGACGGAGACCGAGGCGAUGAAGGUGGCGGUUGAAAAGAUACUCAUGGGCCGUACGCUGAAGGGGACAUAUUUUGGAGGCUGGAAAAGCGUGCGCGACGUUCCAAUGCUGGCGGACGACUACAUGAAGAAGAAGCUGAAGCUGGACGAGUUCAUCACGCACACACUCCCGCUGGAGCAGACCAAUAUGGCCUUUGACCUUUUGGCAUCUGGUAAAAGCAUUCGCAGCGUAAUUUCUCUGUGGGAUGACUCGACCUGAGAAGACUGAGAAUUACAGUGUGAUCUCUGCCCUGCGGCAGUGUAGUCUCUGGCCGCUAGAUGGCAGUGUUUCGUCAUGUAAAAUGUGCCAAUUGCUGUUGCCAAAUAAACCAUUGCGUGGAUGUAA